AUGAGCGAGUUUUGGGACAAUGUUGGCCGAUUCGUGAUCUACUUUUUCACGGUUUUUACGGGAGGGCUUUACAGUCUCGUCAAGCCGAUCGUGGAUCUGUUUAAGAAGCCGACGACGGCGGUUUUGGUGGUGCUGGUGCUGGGAGGAGGGUUUUACGUCACGUAUCUCACUCUACUGCCUGCUUCUCUUUUAACCCUCACUCUUCCUGGCUUCACUCCCUUCCCCCUCCUUCCACUCUCCAUCGUUCUCUCCCUACACCCCCCCCCCCCCCCCCACCACUUCUCCUUAAAUCACGCACCUUCCUCUUUCCAUUCUCUACCUUACUCUCCCUUCAUUCCUCCCUUCCCACUUUUCCCCUUCCCUUGGCCCAUCCCCUUCAAUCGCUCCAUUCCCUCCCCUCUCCCUACAGCCCACCUGCUUCUCUUUCCCCCCGCCACUUCUCGUUUAAUCGCACACCUUCCUCCUUCCAUUCUCUACCUUUCUCUCCCUUCAUUCCUCCUUUCCCCCCUUGCCCCAUCCCUUUCCCUUCCUCCAUCCCCUUCCUCGCCCCAUUCCCUCGCCUCUACCUACAGUCCGCCUGCUUCUCUUUUCCCCUGCCACUUCUCCUUAAUCCGUGUACCUUCCUCCUUCCGUUCCCUACCUUUCUCUCCCUUCAUUCCUCCCAUCCCACUUUUCCUUCCCUCCCGUGCCCCAUCCCCUUCCCUCGCUCCAUCCCCCUCCUCGCCCCAGUCCAUCCCCUAG